ACACGCGCGUUAAGAGCGCAAGCGUGUUAGCUGUAUGCCUGUCCGCCACGUCGAAAUACAUCGGCAAUAUCUCGAGUGCGGGUGGACGCGAAUCAACGCGAUCGGAUAACGACGGCGAAAAUUGUUAAAGCCACGAAACGAUAAUAUCGUUUCGAUAAAGCGUUCUCUGAAUAAAGAUAACAUACGUAGCGUAUCGUUAAAACAGUUUGCGCAACGGUCGCGCGCUAGUCGUGAAGGCUGGCAUCGAACGAGCGUGUCAUGGACUUCCUCUUAUAUAAGUACUGCGUCUCGGAAUUUAUACACACACGAUAGUAUCAGUGCGUUCGUCACGCAGUGAGCAGUCGCGGUAGAUAAACGCUCACCGGCAUAUUGCCGCGGCUGAUUCAAUGCGAAAAUUACAAAACUUAAAGUGCAAUUGUGAGAAUUAUUAAAUAAUUACAGACAUAAAAUCGCAGUAUAGGAGAAAAACCGCGUUGGGAUAAUUUCAUUUAGAUUUAUGUCAAAUCUAUGAGAUUGAGUGAUAACUAGAACGAGAAUAUUUUUGCUAUGCUGAAAAAGACGAUUACAGAUAGUAUAUUGUAAGAAGAAGUUUUAAAAGUGUCAUCGAUCGAUCGAGAUAUUUUGCAGCAAUGUGUCACGAUGCGGUUUGAAUUAUAUUAUCCGCGAUGUUCGUAACAGCUCCUCGAGAUAGCGAGUGAAAGCCAAGUUUAUAUUACAAUUUACGAUCUAAUUCGCUUUUGAAACUCCGUUAAAAUGGUUGCCGAUGGACAUAACAGAAACAUCUUUACCUACGACUCGUUGGUACACGCGAUAUCCGGUGCAGCGGGUAGCGUGAUCGCGAUGGCAGCCUUCUACCCUCUGGAUACCGUGCGAAGUCGUUUACAAUUGGAAGAGGGACGACAAUCGAAAAAUACGUUGGCGAUUAUACGAGAACUCGUUGCGAAAGAAGGACCGUGGACAUUAUACAGAGGUAUGGUUCCUGUUCUGCAAAGCUUAUGCGCGAGUAAUUUUGUUUAUUUCUACACAUUCCAUGGUUUAAAAGAAUUGAGAAGCAGAAGAAACCAAACGGCUGGCAGCGACUUGUUUAUCGCGUCGAUCGCUGGUAUAAUCAAUGUUCUUACGACAACACCUCUGUGGGUUGUGAACACGAGAUUGAAGAUGAGAGGUAUCGAAGUUACUCAUCCAGAAAGAAAUAAUAACGAAUAUACUACUUUGUACGACGGUCUCAUGCAUAUAUGGAAAUACGAAGGUUUGAAACAUCUGUGGGCAGGAACAUUGCCGAGUCUCAUGCUCGUCGCGAAUCCCGCUAUACAAUUCAUGACAUACGAGAGUAUCAAAAGAAGAAUCAAUGUAUCUCUCGGCGGUGCUCAGCCACCGGCAUGGGUUUUCUUCGCUAUCGGUGCGAUAGCGAAAACGAUUGCUACGUCAUUAACAUAUCCUCUGCAGCUUGUGCAAACUAAGUUGAGGCAUGGACACAAGUAUCCUAAUUUACCUCCAAACGCAGGCACGUUGCAAAUACUAUUCUACAUUCUUAACAUGGACGUGGACACGGCGAGUGACAAUACGUCUAUCGACGACAAGAUAGACGACUUUUGCGAGAAUCCCACGCGAGAUGCGUUAACGGAGGGUCUUAUGAGUCUUUUGAAACCUACGGUGGAUCAGCUGGACGAUAGAAUUCGCGCCACAAGGAUAUGUCAAAUAGAGUUGAAGCAGCGGAUUGAAUCCUUAACAGAGGAACUUCAGAGAAUUAACGAAGCAUUACAAUAUCCGAUGGAAACAGAUUCUUAUGUAAAGAAACUUAUCAACGCUAAGCAUAAAAUUACCAUUGUUAGCAAUAUCUUGCAAACCACUCAAGAGCGAUUAAACAAAGUGCAUCAAGCUGUUGAAAAGAGCACUGCUAAGAGAAAGACACUCUUGGAUAAUAGUUCUGCAUAUAGUAGUACUACUGUUGACCCGGAUAAAGAAGAAUCAACCAAAGCGGAAGCUGAUAAACAACAAUAAUUUUCAAUGUAAUUAACUAUAUUAUUAAUAGUUUAUUUUCAAAUUAUUACUUAACAUUAACUAUUUUGCAAAUUUUAUAAAAAUACUUCUUAUGAUUUUUAUCAUACAUAAUGGAAACUCCAGUAGUUAAUCUAUCAGAUGAAGAACUCAAGACAGUUUAUGAUCCUUCCGAAGAUUCGUAUCUUUUAAUAGAUGCUUUGGAAGCAGAUUUAGAGAUUCUGCAUGCGAUGAAACCUGUGAUUUGUUUAGAGAUAGGUAGUGGUUCUGGUAUAGUUAUCACAGGUCUAGCAAUGGCAUUGAAAAGAUAUAAUGCUCAUUGUAUUGCAAUUGAUAUAAAUCCUGAUGCAUGUAGGGCCACCA